AUGACGGAGCUGGCGAGAGCCCGGGACUGGGAAAGAGCUUGCCUGGGUUCGGUCCUGCAAGGAACUGCAGGCCUCAGUGUGCAGCAGGGUCCCAAACUGCCGCAGGUGAGGGAGGACAGCCAGGUGACCUUGGCCCGCCAGGUGGUGCAGUCCCAAGCCUGGGGGCAGCAGCUCCGUGUCGGGGGGAAGAAGGACGGUGUCUUCUUGUGUGACUCACAUGUCACCAAAGGCAGGUUCAGCCUGGGGGCCUGCGGGCCCCGGUGGCAGCUUUCCUGGGAGUCGCGUGGCAACCUCAACCUGCGGGGACCUCGGGACCCUCAACGACAGCAGGGACCACACGGGCUGGGUGACCGUGGAGAUUCCGAGGGCGGUACGUUAAGGCUGUCCUGCCUGUCCCCACCUUCUAGUAACGUGACGCCUGCGUCCAGCUCCCUACAGCUGGCUUCCCCACCCCGGAACAGCUUCUGGAACAGCUUCUCGGCCGCCCGGAGGGACCAACUCCAGUGUUCCUCCUCUGCAGACCGCCUGCUGCCCAACGCGAACCACACCUCCAGCCACCCAGGACUCUUGGUCGCGCCGCCGGUGGCAGGGGCCGUGGCCGUGGCCGUGGCCGUGGCCGCGGGCGCGGGGACUCAGGUAACCGCGCAGGUAGCCGGGAGGACGGCGGGCGGUUUCCGCCGGCGGCCCUGCCCCCGCGUGGCGGAGGCGGGAACUGCAGCUACUUGGCGAGGCCGCGGCGGGCGCCCCACCUGCCCCUUCUGGAAGGAGCGCGGUGGAGGGGAAGGUGCUGGACAUCCCCACGGAGGUCCAGACGGGUCUAUUCGAUCUCUUUCCCGCAGACCCCCAGACCCCCAGCCACGUUUGGCCCAGAAGCCUUGCCCCAGCCCCAGCCCGGGUCCCCCCAUCUCUACAGUCGGUGUCUCCCCUGACCCACGCCCCUCUGGGCAGCAGAAGCCAAGAGGGCUCCUUGAAGAGGGAUCGGAACCCAGAAAAGACACCCACUCCCCCCCCCCCCCCCCCCCCCCGCCCCCCGCCAGUGGCCACGUGAAAAUGUGA